AUCUCCGCUCGAAAUGUUACAAAAUCCCUAAUUUCAAAAAGCCACCAAAUGAUAAAUUAAAAAAAAUAAUUGAAGCUUCACUUCACUUCCAUAAGUCUCCACUUGAAAUUCAUCAGAUUCCUCGAAUUUUCUAUCAUUUUCUCAUCCUUUUGUCUUCUGGGUGUUGGAGAAGAAGAUGAAGGCGUCGUUGAAGUUCCGGGAGGAGCAGAAGCCUCUGUUUAGGGUGAAAGUUCCUCUGAGCAUCUUGGGAUUGCCAUUUCAAUCUGGGAUUGUCGCCGGAGAAUCCAAGGAGCUUAGCCUGAAUCUCUCCACCUUCUUCGAAUCUGGACCUGCCCUCAAAAUCGCGUAUCGUCCCAACGAUACAUGGAACCCCUUCUCUCUCAUCGUCAAGACCGGAACGGGUUCGUUCGGUUCGCCGAUCUCGAGCUCCAUGCUCAUGAGCGCCGAGUUUAAUCUUCUGGGCAAGGGGAACCCUAGCUUUAUGCUCCAUUUCAAGCCCCAGUUCGGCGAUUUCUCCUUCAAGAAAUCGCACUCUUCUUCCGUCUUCGAUCGUAGUUUUCUCAAAUCCAUGAAUGGGUCCGUGUCGGAGGAGGAUUCGUCGAUCGAGGUGGUGGAUGCCCCCCCGGCCAACGGAUGCGGCGGAGGAUUCAAAAAGGUCACGGUUUUGCCAUCCACGACCGCUGGAGACAUCGCCGAGCUGCUCUCUGGCGUGGAGGUCGCUGCAAGGACGUCGCUUCCGGUGAGAGGACGCGCCGUCGUGAAUUUCAGGUGGGGAAUUAGGGUUCCCGCGGAGAUCAGGCACGAUGCUGAUCCAAUGGCUGGGAUUUCUCUGCGGAGGUUUCCUUUCCUGGUGAUGAACAAAAUAGGAAUCGAGCACGUUGAUGGCCCACACACCAAAGGAGGCAGACCCGCCAACGACCCGGGUAAGACCUCGGUUCAGAGUCAGGGUCUGCAUGGUGCUGACGUAGCGGAGGCGUGUUUGGCCGUGAAACGGCAACUAGAGGCGCUGCAAUCGGAGAACGGGCAGCUAAAGAGAGCCGUGGAGGAUCUCCGGCGAGAAUUGUCGAAUGAUCGACCAUUUUCUCCGGUGGCGAUGGAUUUCGGGUCGUCGAAGUACAGGGAAGCGGAGAGGAGCAACGGGAAAUCGCGGGUUGAUCGGAGGAACAACGAGAAGACGAUGUCAGAAUAUGGCGGGAACGGGAAGAAGAAUCCGGCGGAGAGCGACGUGACGGAGGAGCUGAAGAAAGCGUUAAAGGGAACCGCUUGAAGCCCCUUCCUCCAUUGUUGCAGUGUUUGAGCUAAGUUUUCAUCGAAUUCUUCACUUUGUUUGAAGCACUCUAUAAUAUUUCUCAUAGAUUCUGCAUUUGCAGGAUUCGCAAUGGCUUUGUACAUAAAUGUCAGAAAAUUCUGGUUCCUGAAAAUCUAAGCAAAAUCAGUGGAAAUUUACAGUGUUGGGCGAAAUUGUGAUUGAGGAUUUUGAUUUGGAUAAUUGACAAUAAGGGUAUCAUUGAUGAA